AUGGUCCAUCGAAACUAUCAGCAUGUCCUUGCCUUUGUCUUUGCUAUUGAUGAGAUCAACAAGGAUGCUGAAGUAUUACCCAACACCACGCUGGGAUCCAAGAUCUAUGAGAAUGUUUUUAAUUCCGUGCUCACCGGUCUGAACACUCUGAAACUUCUGUUUACGGAGCAUGGGGAUCCUGUCAAUUAUAACUGUGCCAGAAAUGAUGAAUUAAUAGCUGUUAUUGGUGGGCUCACCUCCCAAAACUCCAUCCAGAUGGCCAAACUCUUUACUACCUACAAGAUACCACAGCUCAGCUAUGGCUCCUUUGAUCCAGCCCUAAAGGAGAAAACUCAGUUCCCUUCUUUCUACCGGAUGGUCCCCAAUGAAGAGGCUCAGUAUGUCGGAAUCGUGCAGCUGCUCAAGCAUUUUGGGUGGACCUGGAUUGGCCUCAUUGCUUCAGACAAUGACGGUGGAGAAACAUUCCUUCGGUCCCUGAGACCAAGGCUUUUGCUGAGUGAGAUUUGCAUUGCUUGGAUGCACAUGAUCCCAACAGUGACACCAUUUUUACCAGAUGAAUUAUUUGAAGAAAAAUGGAGACCGAUUCAAAUGACCCUCUUGUGGAGUGAAAUCAAUGUGACCCUCAUCUAUGGUGACAAUCAUUCUCUGGAGGUUUUGAGAAUGAUGUUCUACUGGACGGAGUUUGUUCACACCAACCCUUUAGAGAGGCUUCACUCUUUUCUGAGAAGCAUCCACUUUAAUAAUAGUGCUGAGGAAGAAAUCUUCUUUGAUGACAACGGGGACCUGGCAGGUGGAUACGAUCUCAACAACUUGGUCACCUUCCCCAAUGGAUCAUUCCAGAGAGUUCAAGCUGGAAGGGUGGACCCUCAAGCUACUCCAGAAGAUGGGUUCACCAUUAAUGGGAGUGCCAUUGUGUGGAAUCAACAGUUUAAUCAGAUGCUGCCCAGGUCCACCUGUGUGGAGAGCUGCCACCCCGGUCAGAGCAGGGUUGUCCAGCAGGGGAAGCAAGUCUGUUGCUACGAUUGCCGUGAGUGCCCCAAAGGGGGGAUUUCAAUGCAGCUGGAAGCAGACCAAUGUGAGAUGUGCCCAGAAGAUCAGUAUCCAAAUGAGAAGCAGGACCAGUGUAUUCCUAAAGAAAUCAGCUACCUCUCUUACCAGGAACCAUUGUCAGCAGCUCUGGUGUCCUUAGCUAUCUUCCUUUCUGUGAUCACAGCUGUGGUCACUGGGACCUUCAGUCUGCACUGUGACACCCCCAUCAUCAAGGCCAACAACUGGAGCAUCACGUGUGCCCUGCUCGCCUCCCUGCUGCUCUGCUUCCUCUGCUCCUUCCUCUUCAUUGGGAAACCUGGGAGGGUGACCUGCCUUCUCAGGCAAACUUUCUUUGGCAUUGUCUUCUCCAUCGCUGUGUCCUGUGUCUUAGCAAAGACCAUCACGGUGGUGUUGGCCUUCAUGGCCACAAAGCCUGGAAACAGGAUGAGGAAAUGGGUGGGGAAGAGACUGGCCGCAUCUGUCAUUGUUCUCUCUUCACUCAUUCAAGCUGGCAUCUGUGUGGUGUGGCUGGCAGCUUCUCCCCCUUUCCCAGAGUUUGACAUGCACUCUGAGAUCAGUCAGAUCAUUGUUCAAUGCAACGAAGGCUCAGACCUCAUGUUUUACCUUGUCCUGAGCUACAUGGGCUUUCUGGCCACCAUCAGCUUCACGGUGGCUUUCCUGGCCAGGAAGUUGCCUGAUAGCUUCAAUGAAGCCAAGCUGAUCUCCUUCAGCAUGUUGGUCUUCUGCAGUGUGUGGGUGUCCUUCGUGCCCACGUACCUGAGCACCAAAGGGAAAUAUAUGGUGGCUGUGGAAAUAUUCUCCAUCCUGGCCUCUGGUGCUGGCUUGCUGGGCUGUAUCUUCCUUCCCAAGUUCUACAUCAUCAUGCUGAGGCCUGAGAUGAACACCAGAGAGCAGUUAGUCAGGAAAAACUAUGGUUACAAUUGA